GUAUAAGAGGGCCGGGGGCCGCAGCUUGUUGUUGGUGCAUCCUAUCGUCCGUCCGUCGCAAGCAUUCGCCUCCCACCCACCACAUCCCAUCGGCAACUGCCCCCUCCCUCCCCGCAUCUCAACCUCGUUUACAGCGACCCGCCCGCUCCACUCGACGACAACAACAACCACAGCCAAUCUUAAAGGGCACAAAACAUUUCCACCCCGGCCCACCCCUUAGGGACCACCAAUGUCCCACUCCCCCACCAUCACCGCCAGCAUGCCGUCCACCCCGCAAGCGUCCGAGGGCGCGCCGACCAUCGCAGAGCGCGAGGAGAAGCGCGCACCAAACUACACUGGUGCUGCUGGUGCAGGUGCCGCUCCUGCCAAGGGAGCAGCUGCGCCGGGUGCGCCGGUCGCUGGGCAGCCUGGGUUCGCCGCCCCGCCUGACAAGUAUGCGUACCACUUCUUCUCCCCCGAGGUCAAGCUCUUCCGCCAGGUCGUGUUCAAGAUCCUCGGCAGCACGCUCGUUCUCACCAUCAUCCUCAUGUGGCUCUGUCUGCCCUUCUACUGGGGUUCGCUGUGGAAGGCAAACGUCUACACCGACAAACUCACCGUCCGCGUUAUCGACCGCGAUGGCGGCCCUAUCGGCCAGACCGUAUCUAGCUUCCUGCUUAACCAGACCCACCAGCUGCGCUACUUUGUUACCCCACCCGAGGAGUUCCCGACGUUCGCCGACGUCGAGCACAACAUUGUCCAGGAGGGCGCUUGGGCCGCGGUCGUGAUCAACGCCGGCGCGUCUGACAACCUGACCGCGGCACGGAUCAAUGGCGACGCGACCUACAACGGCACACACGCCAUCUCGAUCGUCUACGCGCAGGCGCGCUCCGAGACGGCCGUCGGCUCGUACCUCUUCCCGCUUAUGAGUGCCCACAUCGCCGCGAUCACUGGCCGCCUGACGACGCAGUACGCCGGCCAGUACCUCGCCUCCAUUGGCAACAACGCCACGGCUGUCGCUGCCCUCGCCGCUGCACCCCAGACGCUUACCCAGGGUGUGGCGUACACGUUCUACAACAUCCGGCCCUACAACCAGCCCGUGGCGACCGCCAUCACCCUCGUCGGUCUCAUCUACAUGCUCAUCUUCUCGUUCAUCAUGACCAUGACCAACAACGCCGCGCGCGAGGUCAUCGGCCCCUACCUCACCAACCGGGCGUACAUUGCCUACCGCAUCCUCGCGCCCCUGGUCCUGUACUUUGUCAUCUCGUUCUUCUUCGCCAUGAUCAACCUGCCGUUCAAGGUCCACUUUGGCGCGCACUUCACCUACGCGGGCGGCUACUUCCUCUGGUGGUUUGUGCUCUUCCUUGGCAUGACGGCCGUGGGCUACGCGACCGAGUUUGCCAUCACGAUUGUCGGCCCCAAGUUUGUUUCCUUCUUCCUCGUGCCGUUGAUCAUUGCCAACGUGUCGGUCGUCACGCUGCCGCACGAGCUCCAGCCCUGGAUUUUCCGCUACGGCGUCGCGAUGCCCUUCUACAACUGCUCGCGCAUUGUCCGCACAAUCAUCUUCAACACCAAGGCCGAGUUUGGCAAGGACAUUGGCAUCCUGCUUGGGUGGAUCGGCACGUCCAUGAUCACCAUUUCCCUCGCGACGCUCUGGUUCCGCCGCAAGGCCAACAAGUCUCAAAAGAGCCAGGACGAGGGCCAGCUCGAGCUCCAGCGUGUCCUGUCCGACGGCCGUGUUGUGUAGGCGGCCGCUUGCUAGGCAAGCCCGCACUCGUACUCGUAGCAUAGAUUCCUGUCGGGUGGUUGCGCAGCCGCCGGCAUGUAGACUAGAGUCGUGGUAAUGCAUCUUAAUACUAUCGG